AUGUCAAUACGAGGAGACGAGGGAUUUCCUAAUUCUACUUUGAAAGAGUUCAUCGAAAAUCACCUUCAGAAUUAUGAUUUGAGAUAUCAUGAUUGCUCAAUUUUUUCUGAAAUGGCUUACAUCGGUGAAGGAGGCUUUGCUAAGGUUUUCAAAGCGAAAUGUGAUUCUCCGGAUCUUGGCAGCACGGUUGCAUUGAAAAUUAUAAAACGUGUACGCGAAGUAACGGAUCAAGAUUGUAAAAAUUUGUUAAAUGAGCUCAAAAUAUAUAAAAGAUUAAACUUCCAUGAAAACGUUUUGAAAUUUCAUGGAUACAGUUGCCAUGAAGAACAAUUCGUCAUCAUCCUCGAGUAUGCUGACGGUGGUACCCUUCAAAGGUAUUUGGAGGAAAAUUUCUCGAAAAUGAAUUGGAAUGGGAAAAUAGCCAUUGCAAUGCAAAUUUCCCUUGGAAUAGAAUACCUUCAUGCACAAAAUGUUAUUCAUCGAGAUCUGGUG